CGUAUUGUUUACAUCCGGUGCAUCGGAACAAGCAUCUGCGUUUGUUUAGAAAGCUGGACCUAGCUAAAUUUCUACAUCUGUUUUAUCUAAAGUUUUUUUUUACAGAUCGGAAGGGUAUCUGGCUAAAUAACAUCAGAAAUGACUGAGGAUGUGCAAAAGCACUCUGUGCACACGCUCGUGUUCAGGUCCCUCAAGAGAACUCAUGAUAUGUUUGUGGCUGACCAUGCCAAACCAGUCUCCUUGGAUGAAACAAGUCACAAGGUGAAGAUGGCAGCGAAGCUCAGGGCAGACUACAGUGCCGUUCUACACAUGCCCGUUCUGAAAGAGGGCAAGGACAGACCACUGGGCUCCAACAUGCCUGGCAAUCAGAACUAUGCCCAACCUGGUGAUGAUCCAGAGUACUUGAUCACUGGGACACACGCAUACCCCUCAGGACCUGGGGUGGCUCUGACGGCGGACACUCAGAUACAUAGGAACCCCAGUGAGGGGGGAGUUCACGCCAUGGCUCUUGCCCUGCCGCCAUCACAAGCCAGGCUGGACGCCAGUCGCACUGCAGCUGGUGUCGGGGACAUUCACAGAAACGCAGGGGGGGCAGAGAGGUCUCCUGCUCCUCACUCGCACGCUAUGUCUCUUUUGGAAGGAGGCGGCACCAAAAACUCGUCCCUCGUUGCCAGAAAAGCCCCCACUAUGCCCAAGCCCCAGUGGCACGCUCCAUGGAAGCUGUUUCGGGUCAUCAGUGGUCAUCUUGGCUGGGUGAGGUCCAUUGCCGUAGAGCCCGGCAACCAGUGGUUUGUGACAGGCGCUGGCGACAGAACCAUUAAGAUCUGGGACCUAGCCAGUGGGAAGCUAAAACUCUCCCUAACGGGACACAUCAGCACAGUGCGCGGCGUGGCCGUGAGCACCCGGAGCCCCUACCUGUUCUCCUGCGGCGAGGACAAGCAGGUCAAGUGCUGGGAUCUGGAGUACAACAAGGUUAUCAGGCACUACCACGGCCACCUCAGCGCCGUGUACGACUUGGACCUGCACCCAACCAUCGACGUGCUGGUCACAUGCAGCCGAGAUGCCACAGCCAGGGUGUGGGAUAUCAGGAGCAAAGCCAACGUGCACACCCUAUCCGGACACACCAACACAGUGGCCACAGUCAGAUGCCAGGCCGCCGAACCGCAGAUCAUCACAGGUACGGACAAGGGGAGCCACGACUCUACCAUCAGGCUAUGGGAUCUGAUAGCUGGGAAGACCAGAGCCACUCUCACCAAUCACAAGAAGUCUGUCAGAGCACUGGCCCUACAUCCCAGACAGUAUACCUUAGCCUCUGGCUCUGCCGACAACAUCAAGCAGUGGACGUUCCCAGACGGCAACUUCAUCCAGAACCUCUCUGGACACAACGCCAUCAUCAACGCAAUGGCGGUCAACUCAGACGGCGUGCUGGUAUCAGGAGCUGACAACGGCACCAUUCACCUGUGGGACUGGCGGACCGGCUACAACUUCCAGCGUAUCCACGCCGCCGUGCAGCCCGGCUCACUGGACAGCGAAUCGGGGAUCUUCGCCUGCAUGUUCGACCACUCGGAGAGCAGGCUGAUCACGGCCGAGGCCGACAAGACCAUCAAGGUGUACAAAGAGGACGACACGGCGACCGAGGAAAGCCACCCAAUCAACUGGAAACCGGAAAUCCUCAAGAGGAAAAGAUUCUAGUUUUGCAACAAA